CGCGGUUGCCAUGGCAAUGAGCUCCCAAAGCGGGGUGUUGGUUUUGUGAGUCGCUAGGGUUACUGGGCCCCCAAGGCCGCCCGGCUGGAGCGGCAGGGUCACCUAUGGGCCUGUCCAGAAGCAAACCCAGAGAGAAGAAAGUUGAGGAGCCAAAGAAGAGCCCUACCAAUUUUGUUGCAAAGUCUAAGGACAAAGUAAUGGAGACCAAGCAGCCUGACAAGGAAGCCUUGAAUCAGCCUGCCGAAAACCUGCUAUUCGGGGCAGGGAUAGCCAAGCACUCAAAGCCUUCCUCUUCCUCUGAAGACAAACCUGAUACUAAACAAAAGUCGAUCAAGAAGAAAAGUGUCACUCCGCAGAUCAUCAUCACUCGAGCCUCAAAUGAGACGCUAAUCAGCUAUGGCAUCCCUGAAGGUGAAGAACAGAGAACCAUUCGCGAGCAGGCUGACUGGGGCCCCUACUUCCGACACAGGAGCCCCAGCACAAUAGCAGCCUAUGACGUUCACAACACAGAAUAAACGAGAGCUCCCAGUA